CUCACUCUCCUCACUUAUUUUCAGAGUGAGAGUGAAACUGGGGAGGGAGAGGAAGAAUGAGGCAAGCCACUGAAUGACGUUAUCUGGAGGCAGGUGUGCCAGCAGGCAAUCUGAGUUUUACAAUGCUUGCUGAAGGAGAGAGGGUUUUACCUGGUCUGUGGAGUUCUAAGACCAAGGGGCUCCUCCUUUGGAGAUUUUAAUCCACAAUUCUUUAUCACGGGGAUUCGACAAAAGGGAGAGUUACAAAAAUAAAGACAUGGACAUUGGAGGUCUAGAGACUGUGGUGGCCAACUCGGCCUAUGUGUCAGCACGUGGGAGUAUAGACAGUGCUGCCGCAGCAACUAUGCGUGACAAAAAAUACCGCACCAAGCUCAACCUGCCACACAUCAGACAAUGUGAACAUAUGAAGACUACGGUGGAUUCUUCCUUUGACAGUAUGUGUGUACGCCAACCGAUUGGUAAGCGCCUCUUUCAGCAAUACCUUGAAAGCGAACCUGCCCACAAGAAUCCUGUAGAUUUGUGGAAAGAUAUUGAAGACUACAACGUCGCCCAGGAAAAUGACCGAGCUAAGAAAGCACAGAAGAUGGUCAACAAAUACUAUGAGUCUUCCUCCAAGAACUUCUGCGACUUCCUGGGGGAAAAAGCUGUGGGCAGGGUGAAAGAGGACUACAAGAACAUUCGAGGAGAUCUGUUCAAAGAGAGUGAACACCAGCUCCUUGUUCACCUGGAAGCUAAAGCACUCAGUGGCUUCAAGGACAGCAUGUACUUUCUGCGUUACGUACAGUUUAAAUGGCUGGAGAGCCAGCCUGUUACUGAAGACUGGUUCAUGGAUUUCAGAGUGCUUGGGAAAGGCGGAUUUGGUGAGGUCCAUGCUUGCCAAAUGAAGGCGACAGGAAAGAUGUAUGCUAACAAGAAACUGAACAAGAAGAGGCUGAAGAAACGUAAAGGUUAUGAUGGUGCUAUUAUUGAGAAGCGCAUCCUGGCUAAAGUGCACAGUCGUUUCAUUGUGACCCUGGCCUAUGCUUUCCAGACCAAAACCGACCUCUGCCUGGUCAUGACCAUCAUGAAUGGUGGAGACCUCAGAUACCAUAUGUAUAAUGUGGAUGAGAAGAAUCCAGGCUUUAACGAAAAUAGAGCUUGUUAUUACACAGCUCAGAUCAUCUGUGGUCUUGAGCAUUUGCACCAGCACAGGAUUGUGUACAGAGACCUCAAGCCAGAGAAUGUCCUCUUAGAUGAUGCAGGACAUGUGCGUCUUUCUGAUCUGGGGUUGGCCGUUGAAUUACCACCAGGGAAAGAUAAAACACAGGGGUAUGCUGGGACCCCAGGUUUCAUGGCUCCAGAACUGCUACAGAAGAAAGACUAUGACUACACUGUAGACUACUUCACUCUUGGGGUCACUCUGUAUGAGAUGGUUGCCGCCAAGGGACCUUUCAGGUGUCGUGGAGAGCAGGUGGACAACAAUGAAGUGACACGGCGCAUCCUGAAUGAUCCAGUCUCAUACCCCCCAACCUUCAGCAAGGAGCUCAAAGACCUCUGUGAAGGACUGAUGGAGAAGGAUCCAGAGAAGAGACUUGGCUUUAAGAACAAUGAGUGUGCUGAACUGAAGAACCAGUCCUUCUUUAAAGAGCUCAACUGGGGGAGAUUAGAAGCUGGUAUGCUUCCUCCACCUUUUGUCCCAGAUCCUAAGAUGGUCUAUGCCAAAGACAUUGAUGAUGUGGGAGCAUUCAGCACUGUCAAAGGUGUUGUGAUUGACAACAAAGACAAUGAAUUCUACAAUGAGUUUGCAACUGGGAACGUACCAAUUCCAUGGCAGGAGGAGAUGAUUGAGACAGGAAUCUUUGGGGAGCUUAACAUCUGGGGGCAAAACGGAAAACUCCCAAAUGAUCUGGAUCCCAGCUAUGUGGAAGCAAAAGGAGGGGGAUGUGUUCUACUGUGAACAAGGGGGAAAAAAAAGUAUAAAAAAAAUGAUGAUUAAAAAAAAAAAAAAAAAAAAAAAAAA